CAACUAUGCUUGUCUCAUGGAUUGAUAAAUUCAUCAUACUCGUUGGACAAGUGGCUCAUAGAAAGCAUUUGCAUAAUGAUACUCCAUAUCAAGUGCAGGAGUAUAGUAAGGCCCCCAACAGGGUCAAUGAAAUGCAGCCGAGCAGGCACCGGUCAGAACUCUGCACCAAGCAGAGCACUCGCCGCCGACCGAUUGCUUGAAUCUAUUCCCACAAAGAGAGGAGUAACGCCAGGACAGUUAGGCCUUUUCCUUAAGCUCCGGGAGGACAGUGCUGCCAUCCCCGUGUUCUCCAACGCAAUCCAUGCAAUCGAAUCGGAUCACAAUAAUCGUUUCCACAGCAAUCGACGGAAGUCGCCACCUUCCUCACCUUCGUCAUUGGUGGUGGACAGUGACAGUGAGUGA